GUGAAGUUUUCUUUUAAGCCAACCGAAGGAGCGCAGCGUGUGAGAACGCAGGAAGGCGGCCGCUGGUGGAAAAGGCUCCUUCGGGCUCUCCGAUGAAGAUGUCUGUGGAUUUUAAAACUUACGUAGAUCAGGCAUGUAAAGCUGCUGAGGAAUUUGUCAAUAUUUACUAUGAGACAAUGGACAAAAGAAGACGGGCACUUAUCAGGCUGUAUCUGGAAAAGGCCACUUUAAUAUGGAAUGGAAAUGUUGUUACAGGGCUGGAACACCUAACUAAUUUCUUUGAGAUGUUGCCUUCUAGUGAGUUCCAGGUCAAUAUGUUAGAUUGCCAACCAGUUCAUGAGCAAGCUACCCAGUCCCAGACUACAGUUCUUGUUGUGACCAGUGGAACUGUGAAGUUUGAUGGAAACAAGCAACACUACUUCAACCAGAAUUUCCUCCUGACUGCUCAGACUACUUCUGAUAGCACCGUUUGGAAGAUUGCAAGUGAUUGCUUCCGUUUUCAGGAUUGGGCUAGUAGUUAAAGGUGCAAACUUUAAUGCUAUAAAGGGUCCAUUAGUUCUAGUAACAGAAGUUUAUGUGAAUUAAAACAUUUCAUUGUAAAAGCACUAUGAACAAGUAUGUGCUAAAACUAAAUUUCUUUAAUAUUUUUUUAUUCCUAGCAGCACCUUUUAUAGCAGCUGCCAGUCUGGAUCGUUGCCCUUAAGAGCUUUAAUGCUAGAUUUUUACAUGCCUUAUAUAUACAUUCAAUUAAUGACAUUCUUAAAAGUACUAUUAAACAUAUGAUCUUGGUACUAAUAUACUGUGAACCUAACCUAUUUCAAAAAUGGAAUCCUUUUGUAACACUAUCUAUAGGAUAUCAGCACAACAUAAGUCUCUGGGAGGAAGUGCUGUUUUUUGUUUUUAAGUUAAUUUUGUACUGAAACACAUACCUAU